AUGGCGGCUGCCGCUGUGGCGCCAGCCUACGACGAGGCGCAGGCACUUCUCUCCGAUGGAGCCCGGGAGGGCCAACUGCUCGAUGAGGAGGAGAAGUCUACGGAUCAGCUGGCUAAGGAGCCGGACGAAAAGUCCCAGAGGUCGGCCAGCUUGGAGUCGGUGUCCGCAGCCGCGCAGGCAAAAGCAGCCGCGCAGGCGCGGGAAGCUCAAGCGCGGGAAGCGCGCGAAGCGCGGGAAGCGCGGGAAGCGGCAACAGCGAAGACCGCUGUAGAGGUCUGA